AAAGAGAGGGGUGGGUGUGUAGGGAGAGCGAGGGAGUAGCGCAGUGCAUCCAACCAAGCAUCAAUAUCACAAGGACCAUCAUUUCAUGAAGAUCCUAAAAAAGGAACGCGUGUGCUCCUCAACUCACAAUCAGCAUCAUCUACUUUUGGAAUAUUAUAGUUCACUUUAUUCUACCUCAUCUUUAUACCCUGACGAGAUGGAGAUACAUCGAAAGGAUUAAUAAAUAACGAUUUGGUUGAAUCAAUAGAUUUGCACUAAAUCUUCACAUCACAAACUAUCUUUUUGUUGGAUGGAUGCAUUAUUUCCGAGCAUCAUUGGAUAUGUCAAGUUCUGACAGCGUAGCAAUAACUGGACAAGGAGGAACAAAUAGAAAAUGAAUUGAUUAUUUGGAGUAACCUGUCAAAAUACAACCGUCUUCCGUCAUCUCCUUGUACGCAGUUCUAAGCAUAGCUGAGUGCUUUCUACUUCAUCAGUCUAUCGUCUGCUAAUUUGACGUAUCACCAUGACACCACUAAGGAUUUUCCUGCCUCUUUUGAUUCAAAUUUCCUUUCUUAUGAUGUCGGUCGACUCAGCGAGCGACUUAUUUUACUAUGUUGACGAGGAGGUCGUGCCCGGGACCGUCAUUGGGAACGUAGCUGACGACCUCGCGAUUACUGUUGAUGAUUCUACCGAGUUCUCUCUGUUAGGCGUGCCCAACGAGACGAUGUAUGUCUCGCUAGACCCGCAAACUGGCGAACUGACAACAGUCCUUGAACUGGAUCGUGAGGCACUGUGUCCAGGUUCAUCAGCUCCCUGUCAAAUCGAAAUCAGUGCCAUCGAAUUGGGAACCAGGGAGGUGAUCACCAUUAGAGUCACCAUCAACGACACCAACGACCACGCUCCGGAAUUCGACAAUGCCGUCACCAAUAUUAAUAUCCCAGAAUCCGUCGCUCCCGGAACGAGGUUCCCACUGUCUGGGGCAAGCGAUGAAGACAUUGGAAAGAAUAGCAUUCAGGGAUACCGCCUCUCUGGUGAAUACGCUGAUAUCUUUGGACUUGUACAGAACGAGUACCCUGGAGGACUGAUCAUCAUCCAGCUGGAAGUCCUACAUAAUCUUGACCGGGAGAAUAAAGACAACUAUCAGAUGACUCUCAUUGCCGAUGAUGGUGGUGAUCCUCCUCAAUCAGGGGGCACCAUUCUAAACGUCACGGUACUCGAUUCGGAUGACCAUUCGCCUGUUUUCGAUAGGGCCUCAUAUGAGGUAUCUGUCGAUGAGGACAUUGGUGUGGGACAACAAAUCAUCCAGGUCCGUGCUUCCGACCCGGACACCGGUACGAACGGCCAAAUUAUCUAUGACUUUGGCGGCAGCGUAUCGGCAAAGAUCCGAGAGCUGUUUGAGAUCGAUUCAGAAUCGGGCUGGCUCUUAGUUAAGAGUGAUCUUGAUUUUGAAGAUGAUGCUUCUCAUCAGGUAUCCGUUCGUGCAACGAACAACGUCCCAAACCCACUUCCUGAUUUCACGACAGUGACUGUUAAUCUAAAUGAUGUCAAUGACAACAAGCCUCGCAUGACCAUAUCAGCUAUUGAUGGAGGCAUUUCUGGAGGACGAUUCAAGCACAUUCUAGAAAACUCUCCUGAGGGUACAGACCUCGCGUUUAUUCGUGUCACUGAUGUAGAUACAGGAGACAAUGGUCGAGCAAGAUUAACAAUAGAAGACGAUUUUGAGCGUUUUAGAUUAGAGCAAAUCACAGAAGGACAGUAUUUCCUCCAGACGGCAGCUGAAUUAGAUCGUGAAGACAUUGACUUUUACAAUAUCACCAUUCUCGCUGAAGAUCGAGGGUCCCCUGUAAUGUCCUCACGGAAACGGUUUGAAGUGUACAUUGAUGACGAGAACGAUAACUUUCCCGAAUUCUCGUCAGCUGAAUAUCACGCGACGAUCAGUGAAAACAACGAACCUGGCCACCGUGUUGCUACACUACAGGCAACCGACGAAGACGAGUUUGAGAAUGGCGAAGUUGUAUACAGCCUCGUUGAUGAUAGAGAUGGUGCAUUUGGGAUACAUCCAACAAAUGGUGUCCUCACCGCUAAUGCGAGUCUUAAUAGAGAGAAUGGUCAAUACAUUGAGCUCAUGAUCAGGGCGUGUGACCGUGGACAACCCCAGAAGUGUAAAGACGUUCCCUUAACAGUCCGAGUUCUUGAUAUGAAUGACAAUGCUCCGACGUUUGGUGGGGAGUUGAUCGAGCUAAGAAUAGAUGAAAAUCAACCUAGUGGUACUUUGGUUGGUCGUGCCAUAGCUACAGAUGCUGACGAAGGAGACAACAGUCGAUUGAGGUACAGUAUCUUGACUGAUGCUGUAUUCAGGAUUGAUGAAGACAACGGAAGGAUCUUUUCAACAGCAGAACUCGAUCGGGAGAUUCAAGAACUUUAUCAUUUCACAGUACGUGCUGUCGACAACGGACUGUCCCCCAAAACAGCUACUGCCACGGUAGUCGUAACCGUCAAUGACGUUAACGAUCACAGCCCAGAAUUCAUCUUACCCUCGGCAAACGAUGACAUCCGAUUCAUUCCAGUUUCUGCAGAACCUGGUCUCCACAUUAUGACGGUUGAGAGUGAAGAUGAAGAUAAAGACGAGAAUGCUGCUGUCUCGUAUGCAAUUAGUCAUGGAAACACUAAUGGUGCGUUUGGUAUCCAAGCCAAUGGACAGGUUGUGACGGCCCAAUAUCUUGAGCCAAUGUGGGAAGGUGUCCAUGACAUUACAAUACGUGCUACUGAUGGUGGCAGUCCUUCUUCAUCAUCCACAGCCGUUCUUCGCGUUGUCAUAGCAAAUGAAGACUUUAAGCGAUCCCUUCCACCUGCAAACUUUACAUCCUUAUUCAACCUUACAAUUGACUAUUACUUAUCGGUCAAUAAUGGAGCAAGCAGUCGCGGUAUUCUCAACGACUGGCCUAUGAUAGUCAUCAUAUCACUGGCCGGGAGCGCCGUCAUCCUCGUCAUUGUCUUUCUCCUCGUCGCUGCUCGAUGUCGAACGAAGAAUCGUGAACAAGGCAAGUACAUUGUACCAUCGGGAGAAGAGCUCUUCGCGUCACGGCAGGCGGCAAAGCCCGCCGACAUCGGGGGCAAGAUAUCAGAUACAGACUCGGGGCUGACAUCGACAUCGGCGUCGAAUGCAUCUACCAUACAAUCGAAGAAUAUUCGAAAAUGGCGGGCACAGCAGGAGAGGGAUCGUGAUUCGAUGGGUUCAUCUAACCCUGGGUCAACUACUAACCUUGGUACACUACCACCUGGGAUCACUGGAGCAGCGAACGUGGACAUGAGACUGGGUAACAGGCAGAUGAGCACGUUUGGUAGCAACUCUGAUCUUCAUUCAGAAAGCAUCGCAUCUAUGACGUCAGCCAGAAGGACGCCAGACCCUGAUGUAGAGGUCCAGCGUCUUCUUCGUAAGCUCCGUCGUGACAGCGAGGAUCGUAACUCAGAAGGGGGCAGUGGUAGUAGCUACGACAGUGGACAUGGUGGAGACCGAGAAAUUGAGCGGGAAAACGGUUAUAGAGGCAAUCUAUCUUCAGCCGAUGGGAGCUCCAGGCGGUCAGCGUCUUACCCGCGUAUCGCAGCUCUGGCAGCACAGAAUAUCAGCAAUAGCCAAACUCCUUCUGGAAGCCACCGUCAUAGCUACAUGGCUAGUCCUCACUGCACACCAGAAUGUAGAACACUUGGUCACUCCGAUGAGUGCUGGAUGCCAAGCCCAUCAUCUAUCACCAAGCCAAAGACUGUCCAAUUCUCAAAGCAUGAUGACAACCGAUCCUCAGGCGGUAGCUACCGCAGCUAUCAAUCUAACACAGACCGCCCUCCAGCAACAAGCCCCAAGCCACCCAACCCUGCCAUUGCCUUCGGGAAUGUCUCCAAGGUUACCCCGAACCAUAAACCAAUCCCCAAAGGCUCGACCAACCCUGGACUGGGGCAGCAGCCGCCUACAACGAGAGAUCACAACGGUUACUAUGGCAACAAUCCUGCGGUCAUCGUAGACGAUGAACGUAACGGGAACGCACUGCCGUUAACUCCGAUCAGAGAGCAUCCAUCUGAGAGAAGAAGUUCGCAAGACGCUCCUAGCCUUGUCGUAACCAAACCUUCUCCGGAUAAAUACAGAAAUAAUAACGACGUUCUAAACGGUGACGUCAGAUACCGCAAUGACCUUAAUAGGGGACAUAUAAACGGGGUUAACCCUUUGCACAGAAACAGUAUGAACGGUAGCAUACCGAACGGUGGUACCCCAAAUGGCGUCCUACCAAAUGGUAGAAGUACUAGCAGGAACUCUAGUGGUGAUAGUCAUAACUCCAGCUCGGAUAGUGUUGGAACGUACUCGAGUUCGUCGGCUGCGAGCAACGAAAUGACACCAGUUCGUUACUCGCCUGACGAGGUCGAGGCCGUCCUCGAAAAAUGUGGAGGAGAUCGAUCAGGAGGGGUAUCAGCAGACGGCGAGAGGAUGUACACAGAUUGGGUAUAACACGUGAUCAGGGCCCAAAGCCCAUCGUCAUCACCUGACUCUUAUAUCACGCAAUCAUGAACACGUGACGAUAUCAUCCCUCCACGUUAUGUGACGUUUCCCCACGAUUAUGUGCAAAUAUUACUUAUUUUCAUGCCAACGAGAUUUGUAAAUAUCUAUUAUUUAUGAAGUAAAUACUGUAAAAAAUAAUUUAUGAUGUUUGAUGAUGAAUUUGUUUUGUUAUUAUGCAAGGGUUUUUGACCGCAUUCGUGCCUUUGCUCCGAGUCUAAUAUUGUCUUAGUUUUAGAUUUUUUUCUUUAGAAUUCAAACAGAAAAAAGGUUACUUAGCAGAGCAAACAAUAAAAUUACAUACAUGGUGUAUUAACCUCACAUUUACAUUCUUGAAAAUAGACCCCAAAAUAUAUAGCCCUUUCUUGAAAUAUACAUGUAAGCUACACCGUAAAAACUGUGGUGUUAUCACUGACACCAAUUGAUGUUAAUAGAGGAC